GGGUCCACUUGGAAGCCUACCAUGCAGACACAUUUUUGUUUUAUAUUUCUCCAAAAAAAAGAAAAAGGGAAAAUGAGAAAUGGUAAGCUGUCGGUGGAGUGGCAUUAGCUCAAGUAGGUCAGCCUUCACCUUCCACAGCUUUGCUUGAUGCCAAAUCCAGCCUGUCUCCCUCAAUCUGCACCGUUCAUUCCCACAUCACAACCAAUUUCCACCGUUCAUCAUGCUAAGUCUCUCUUUUUCUUUCUUCUCUUUUGCAUUGCAAGUAUUGUAUUGUACUAAGAAUAGAAUGGGGAUCUUGAAGAUGAGGAUUUUGGUAUUGUUGCUGAUAGUUUUGAUGGUUUCAAUUGUGAAUGGAGAUGAGAAUGAGUCAUUCAAGAAGAAACCGACAAUAGUGAAGACGGUGAAGGGUGUGAAGAUGUGUGUUAAGGAUUGGGAGUGCAACAAAUUGUCAAGAUUUUGUUGUAAUUUGACGAUAACAGAUUAUCUAGAUACCUAUCAAUUUGAGCUCCUUUUUGCUAAGAGGAACACACCUGUGGCUCAUGCUGUGGAUUUCUGGGAUUAUGAUUCUUUCAUUAAGGCUGCUGCCCUUUUCCAGCCUCUUGGUUUUGGUACCACUGGUGGUAAAAAAAUGCAGAUGAAGGAAGUCGCUGCUUUCUUUGGGCAUGUCGGUAGCAAAACUUCUUGUGGUUAUGGAGUGGCUACGGGUGGACCAUUGGCUUGGGGUCUCUGCUAUAACAAGGAAAUGAGUCCCAGCAAAGAUUACUGUGAUGAUUACUUCAAAUUAACCUACCCCUGCACUCCUGGUGCUCGAUAUUAUGGUCGUGGCGCUUUGCCUAUAUACUGGAACUACAAUUAUGGAGCUAUUGGUGAAGCCCUGAAGCUAAAUCUGUUGGACCAUCCCGAAUACAUUGAACAAAAUGCUACCAUGGCUUUCCAGGCUGCUAUUUGGAGGUGGAUGAACUCAGUGAAGAAGGGUCAGCCUUCAGCUCAUGAUGCCUUUGUUGGCAACUGGAAGCCCACAAAGAACGAUACUUUGUCGAAUCGACUUCCUGGUUUCGGCACCACCAUGAACAUUCUCUAUGGUGAUAGUGUUUGUGGCCAAGGUGAUAUUGAUGGCAUGAACAACAUCAUCUCCCAUUACCAGUAUUACCUUGACUUGAUGGGCGUUGGUCGCGAGGAAGCAGGACCUCACGAAGUACUCACCUGCGGAGAUCAAAAAGCUUUUAACCCAACUGCUGCCCCUACUGCUGCUUCUUGAGACUUAAAAAAAAUCUCAUAUUGUUACUUUUAGCCCGAAAGAAGCAUACAAUAAGUGAAGUGAUAUAUGUAUGACGCUUGAAUCAUAAUGUGAGGAUGUUGCCCUUGUUGUUGUUGUC